CUGGACGCAUUCCCUGUUCCAAUAAGCCCUAAAUUAUCUAAAAAGAUUUUAGGGCUCCUCCCCUCUUCUUCCUCUCAUGUUUGCAGCCAAGGCGCUCAAGAGGUCCGGCGACGUGCUGCGCCUCCAUCUCCGCGCCGCGGCGCAUCGAUCGUUCUCGUCGGCAGCCGCGCCUUGUUCCGAUUCAGCAGCCGCCGCCGCUGGAUCAAAUGCAAGCUCGAGGACUCUUCUCGGUGUUCUACGCGAGGCACAACAACAAGGAAGAUUUCCAUUCGCCUGUGGACUUCUCCAUCCACUCCUACCGCCGAGAGAGGGCCGCCUUCUUCUCAACCAUGACUCCAAGGGAGCGUCAAAAGAUCAUGCUACAGAGCUUCGAUCGUCCAAAGUUUGGGUUGCAUCUCCCAACGAGGAGCUCGACAAGACAAGCUUCAUGAUCUCGUCAUGGAUAAGGAAGUUGUGGGUGCCGACGCUGGCCGUGUUGACAGUCAUCCUGGGUUGGCAGUACCCGGUGAGCUUGGCCGUCAAUCUGCUUCUCUUGGUCUGGAGCACAAAGCCAACUCCAGCGUCGAUUCACAUAUGGCUUGAAGAGAGGCGAAUGGAGGCAGCGAUCCAGAAGCAAGGCCUAGACCGCUUCAAACACCAGCUCAACUUCUCGCUAGUCAAGCACAUCCAGGUGGAAGACCAUCUCCUCUUCUGCUUGGCCCGAGUGAGCGGCCUCACGGAGUCGAUCGUGCUGCUUGGCUUUCUCGGCAACUGGUGGGUCUUGCACUCGUCCACGGUUUUCUUGAAAUACUGAGCUCUGUACAUACGCAAAGAGUCACUUGUUCUGGAAGCACGGUCUCGUAAGAGUUAUCUCUGCUGCUGGAAUGUUAGAACAUCUCUGAACGGCUUACUCUCGCGUUUC